UCAUCCUUCAUGAAUACUCGUUUUAUCCACACAAAAUUGGAUUUAGGGACUUUGGGGUAGAGACAUUGGUGUUCUUAAAAUUUUAAGUCACUUCUGGGACUGGGUUACAUCUCUCGAACGAGAGUGAAUAACAACUGAAAUAACAAACGAAAUCGUGAGCUCUUAUCAAAGUAAACAAUAUUGUGCCACUGAUAGGAAAAAUCGAAGUUGUUUUUCUAUCGAGUUCGUGAUUUCCUUAUAACUGACACGUCGAUACAACUCACGAUUUCAUUCCAACAUAGGAGACCGCGUUCAAAGUUCGAUUUAAUAUCUCUUUUCGUAUUGUCCUGGAGAAUUUUCGAUACUUCCUGAUAUUCGCCAAUGAAAACUUCAACUAAAUAAUAUAAAGUGGUCUCAUGAUAAAAAUCACUCAAAAAUCCAUCAGUUUCUUCCACAAACUCCAACAUAAGGUGAUAGCUCGUGGGGUGACCCCUGCAAUAAUUUCAAGAAAUCGUCUCCAAAUUCGAGAAUUAUCACUUCUCUCCAAGCGCCACAGAGAGAUGAGUACUUUCAAAUUCAGUGAUUACGACUGCAUCGGUUUCGACUUAGACAACACCAUUCUCUGGUAUAAUAUAACGAACAUGGUUGAGAUGGAGUACCAGAUGAUGGCGAAAUUUUUGGUGGAAAACAAGGGCUACGACCCGGAGUACUUGGAGAAGCCACUGACUGAUGAAGCCAUCGACUUUCUCCAGAAGGGGCUGAUCCUGGAUUUCGACAGAGGAAAUAUCCUAAAAACGAACUCUGAGGGGAUCAUCAGGAUGGUCAGCCACGGGACAAAGUUCCUGACAACCCAAGAAAUCGGAGAAAUCUACCCGAACCAGAAGUGGGAGGCAAUCGAUCUUCUGACGAACGACCCAAUGGCUGUCUGGAAUGGGCCCUGGUCCCUGAAAGUUCGAGCCCUGAUGGAUUACUUUGACAUGCCCUUCUCUCUGAUUUUUGCUCGUAUCGUCGACAGUAUUGAUUCCAAGAGGAACGAGCCCCUGGAUAAAUACGAAAUAUGGCCUGAUUUGUAUGCUGCGGCCUGCAAUAUGUUUGAGAGAACGAACUUCAGGAAAGACCAUAGCCACUACUUCACGGAACUGAAGAAAAAUCCUAACAAGUACUUCAGGAAAUGCAGUAAUGAGAUCGUGGAAUGGAUCAGGGAGAUUAAGAAAGAAAGAACGACUUUUCUUAUCACUGGAUCGAAUGUCGAUUUCGCAAAUUUCACAGCUACUCAUACGAUUGGAGAAGACUGGAAAUCAUUGUUCGAUGUUGUCGUAUGCUUCGCUAAAAAGCCCGGAUUCUUUGUGAAGGACUCACCUUUUUGGACGGUUGAUGAUCAUGAGGAGAAGGAGAUGAUCACUGGAGCGGAGAUGAAAAAGGGGGGAGUGUAUUCCCAGGGGAAUUGGGGAGAGUUGAAGAGUUUCCUCGGUAGGCUCUGCAAGCAGGAAUCCCCCAGGUGUCUCUACGUGGGAGAUAAUUUACUCCAGGAUGUGCAAAUUCCUUCUACUCAUGUGGGCCUGGAGACUGUGGUGGUCAGUGAAGAGCUGCAUGCUGAGGGAAUGGUUAAUAUCGCGUGGCCACAUCCUGAUGAGAAGUAUCUGGUGUCUAGUGUCUGGGGUUCAUAUUUUUCGGUACCUGAUGGGGAGAAGAGGGAAGACUCUCACUGGUCUACCAUCGUCGAGAGUUACUCGAGGAUAUGUAUUCCUUCGCUGAAAGUCGUUGCCCAUCAAAACAUUGAUGAUGGUUUCCAAGCGUUCGAUGGGGGGGACAAGACUAGGGGCUUUCAUCCAGCUGCACCUGCUGGAAUCCCUUCUGAAAUAAUCUCGUAAUAAGUUUUUUAUUUUUACCAGAUUCCAAUUAUUCCCGCCAUCAGACAUGAACUCGAGUCCAUUAAUCCCAUGUUCAGGAGGGAUAAUGUGGAGGUCAAACAGAAGAAGACUUUCAGGGAGAAGAGGAUUAAGGAUAAAUUGAAGGAUGACAAAGCUGCUGUACAGGAAAUUCUAUCGAAACAGGAGACUUCCGAUUCUGAGAGGCUAUAAGAUUUUUUAUAAAUUAGAUUAGCUGUUGUUGGUGAACUUGUAUAUUUUUGGAAAAAUAAUUUUCAUUAAAGCAAAUAUAGUUUUUUUUUCUAAUA